CAAAGCAACUCUAGUCAACACUGCUCAUUCGCCUCUCUCUCUUUUUCUCUAUUCAUGUUCUUCUUCUCUUCCGCAGCUGCAACCUUCUCUUCCCUUACAGUCACCACCAUCUCUUUUCCUUAACAUCAUUUUCUGAAAAGAAAUUUUGUAUGAAUUAUCAAAACCCUAAUUAAAACUACAGAUCCGAAAAUUCUAAAGAAACAUAAAAUAGAAGACUCGCCUCUUUCUUUCAGGGACUCAAAACCAUUUAACUCUUCCCAGACCGCCACCACUAUUGCUGAACUUCAUCACACAAGUUAGGAAGAAGAUAAGGCGCUUUCGCAAUAUUUUGCCAUGUCUGUAGAAACUGAUAUGAUAACCACAAGGAAGGUUCCAACGAGGCGGAAGGCCCGUGUUAACAAAAAUGAUAAGGGGAAAAGGGGAGGAGGGAAAGUGUUUCGGGGUAGUACUGAUAAGAAAGUUAGGGUAGACAAGCAAAUGCAAAAACUGUUUCGCAAAAGGGCGAGACAGUACAACUCAGAUGAUGAGGAGGAAGAGCACGAGGAGCCUGCGCAUAAGCGAACAGCUUCACGUGUAGAUCGAAGACCUGUUAAUAAUGAAGUGGCAGCUUCAGAUGGGAAUUCUAGUGGAGAGGAUGGUGAGAAUGGUUCAGAUGCUGAUGAUGAGGUGAAAGGGGAUUCUGAUGACGAAGGCGAAAAUAUAGAGCCAGGAAUUACAAUGUUCGCUGAUGGUUGUAAAGCGUUUAAGAUGGCUUUCAGCACAAUCAUUGGGAAGAAAGUUGCAGACCCUGAAUUGGGCCCUGUUUUGUCAGGGCACAAGGAGCUUGUUGCUAUGAAACUUGCUGAAGAGCUAAGCGAAAGAAAGGCCAAAGGGGAGGCCAAGAAGGAUAAACAUAUGGAACGGGAGAAGGGCCAUGCUAAGCUACCUGCAUAUUUAGACUCACACGACAAGUUUCUUAUGAGUGUUGCUACUAAAGGAGUGAUCAAGCUAUUUACCGCGGUCAGCAAAGCGCAAAAUGCUCAGAAAGGACUAAAUCCAUCAAGGGCUAAAGACGCCAAAGCAAUUGCUAAGCGUAGGAGACAGACAUUCUUAUCAGAAAUACGCAGGAGAAAUUCACAACCAGCUGAAACUUCCUCCAAGGCUGACAAUGAACCUGGGUGGGCUCCAUUACGUGAUGGAUAUAUGCUGUCAAACUCAAAGCUGAAGAACUGGGAUAAAAUGGAGGAUUCGAGUAUGGCACAUGAUACCGGCGGGAUGGCGCAAGAGAGUUCUGAUGAUGAAGAUUGAUUUCUUAUACUCUAGACCUUAUUUGGUAAAUGUAAUAUUUUUGGCUCGAAAUUCCUUGAGAAUUGGGAAUCUUCUUAAAAAAUUUCCAAGUCUGAAUUUUUCUGUUUCAGGUAUUUAUAUCAUAGUUUUAAUCAAUAUUGAGAUGUUCCAUUAAUGGGCUAUAGAUAAAAAGAUAGUCUGCAUGAUUUUUUUUUUCU